AUGCCCACCCUGCGCGAGCGACCCAGCAGGGGCGAAGCAUCGCCCGCCAAGUCUGCCUCGACUGCCGCGACGAGAUCAACCCCAAGAACCCGCCGAACAAGCAUGCCUGGCGACGCGAUUGAGGUGCGCGAAUCCAUUGAGGCCAAGGGCGAUGUCGAUGAGGACAUUGAGAUGGAGGACGCCGACGGCAGUGCCACGCCGCGCAAAAACAAAGACAAAAACAAGGACAAAGAUGCCGAUGGCGACAUCAAGAUGGGGGGCGCCAGCGGCACUGGUGAUGUAGAUGCGGACGGAGAGCCUGAUGAUGAGGUCGCGCAGACACAGCAAGAUGAUUCUCAGCGCGAUCUUUUGCAAUUGAUUAGGGAGACGUCUGAGUAUCUCUGUCGCUACACCAUCAAGAUCGACGGAGAGGAGCAUGAAAUUGCAUCUGGCUUCCAGCGUCUGGUGAGCAAACGCAGUCUUCCCGACUACUUUGAGGUCAUCAAGGAGCCAAUGGCCUUCAGUACCAUUCGGGCCAAAAUCGGGAAGAAAACGUACCAAAAGUUCAGCGAGUUUGUUCACGAUGUAACGCGCAUCUGUCACAAUGCCCAGGUGUACAACAGGCCAUCUGCACCUAUCUUUGCCGAUGCCGCCAAGCUCCUAGAAGUCUUUAAGGAAAAGCUCGAUGAGCUGGUGAAAGAGGGCGCCAUCACAGCCGAGGAGGCUCAGAUCCCUGACCUUGGGCCUUUACCUGAAUUCGAAGAGUCUCCUCCCCCCGAAGAAGAGGAAGAGGAAGAGGAAGAGGAGGAGGAGGAGGAGGAAGAAGAAGAGGACGACGAUUCCGAUGACGAUGGCCGGCGCCGUUCUCGGAGACGAAACCGUAAGGGUGCAAGUAGGAGAGAUGGCGACGACGAUGACAAUGAUGAUUACAAGAAGCAGCGUCCGGGCAGGCCUCCCAAGGUCCUUACACCCAUGGAGGCUCGUAUCGAAUCCCUCCUGAAAGGGCUCCGUAAGUUCAAGAAUGAGAACGGGCAGCCACGUGUCGUCUACUUCGACCGCCUACCGGAGAAAGGAGAGCCCAUCUCGCUUGACAUUAUCAAAAAGAAUUACAAGCGCAAAAAGUAUCAGAAUGUCGACGAGGUUUUGCAAGAUCUUCUGCGCAUGUUCAACAACGCCAAGCAGCAUCAUGACGAGAAUAGCCAGGUGUACAAGGAUGCUGUUGAGCUCGAGAAGCAGGCCCGUCUCCUUGCUGAGAUCGAAAAGGCAAGGCCUGAUGAGGACUUCCGUGGCGAGGAUGGGAAGCUUCCUCUGGCGAGCAUCGAGCACAAAGGAGAGAUCUGGAAAGUUGGCGACUGGGUCCAUAUUCGUAAUCCCAACGACUUGUCGAAACCCAUCGUCGCCCAGAUCUUCCGGACAUGGUCUGAUAAGUCGGGGCAGAAGUGGGUGAAUGCUUGCUGGUACUAUCGCCCUGAGCAGACUGUCCACCGCUUCGACAAGCAUUUCUAUGAGAACGAAGUAGUCAAGACAGGCCAGUACCGGGACCAUCGCAUUGAUGACAUUGAGGACCGUUGCUUCGUCAUGUUCAUCACCCGCUAUCCGAGGGGCCGGCCGCGUGGUCUUCCUCCGGACAAGGCCGUCUACGUGUGUGAGUCACGGUACAACGAGGAGACCUUCAAGUUCAACAAAAUCAAGACAUGGUCGGGCUGCCUUCCGGACGAGGUGCGCGAAAAGGACUACGAGAUGGAUCUGUUCGAUGUCCCUCGGGUCAUGCGCAAGUUCCCUAGUCCCAUCAAGCACCUCCUGCAGGCCGACGCCAAGGAGACAGACCCCCUACCUAAGCCGACCUGGAGAAGUCCCAAUGCUCCUCCCUUAAUCGGCGCUGUCCAUCGCCGCCCUCGUGAACCGAAUGAGUCGCCUCCUCCGGAACCACACCCAGUUCCUGUGCCAGUUGCGCCUGGCGCUGUGCCGCUCCCAAUGGCACCCCAGGUCCCUAUUAAAGCCAACGUUCCAGGCGUCACUGGGCCGCCACCGCCUAGUUACCAUCAUCCUGCUGUGCUCACGCCGGCACCCGCGCCUUCACCAGCGCACUAUCAGGUCCAACAUUUCGCACCACGACAGGCUCCCCCUCCUGUUCCCCAGCAGGUGCCCGGACCACCGAUGCCCCAUUUCCAACCGCAACCACAACCGAUGCCAAUGCACGUGCCUCCGCAGCCUGGGAUGAUGCCACAUCCGAUGCAACAGAUGCCACCGGCUCCGCACUUCCCACCUGCACCCCACGCGUAUCCACCUCAGUACGGAGCCCAGCCGCCCCAGGCUCCGCCGCCGCCGAAUUACUAUCAGCCAGCUCCCAACCAUAUUGCUUCUGUGCCCUACGAGCAGCAUCAUCGCCCGGUGCACGCUGCACCUCCACCAGUGACACCGUCUCGUCCACCACCGCCAAUGGCUCCUGCACCUCCCAACAUCACGACCAUGCCACCACACGCGUCUCCCCACGUCAGCGCUCCUCCCCCUGCUCCUGCGCCCCAUGUCUACAACGCUCCUCGUGCUCCCGAGGUCUACACUUUGGCCGAUAACAUCGACGCAGCCAUUCCAAAGGAGGUGCGCGAGCAGUUCCAGUGCGACGAGAACGGCCGCAUCCUCUUCUUCACCGGGGCACCGCUCGACCGGCCCGCCAAUCGCGUCGCAGAGGCCUAUUCUCAACUGGGUCACAGCGUGCGCCACCUCGCGAGCAUUAAACAACUGCGCGAGGAGCGGGCGCGCAAGCGCAAGGAGCGCGACGAGGCUCUCGCACGCGAGAGGGCUGCACAGGAGGAAGAGGCCAAGAGGCAGCGGCUUGCGCAAGAGCAGGACAGCAAUGAUGCUGCCACGCUGGAGCAGAAGAAGGCAGAGGCUAGGGAGCUGCUGGAAAAAGUUCUGCGCGACUGGGCGGCUGAGAUCGACCGUGGGACGCAGCUGCUCAGGGAGGAUCUCUGA